UUCUUUCGUCUCGAGGUUUUUAGCUCUAGCCAGGAGCAUAUCCUCUUUCUUUCCUCAGUCCGUCAGUCUCUUUGCUUGCUCAGUUUGGAUGUAAAAUCCCACUCACUUCUUCGGUGGUAUUGCCCCACCUAGUUGAUGAAAUGGCAUUUUGCAAUGCCAGAGCCUUAUGAAUGAGUCUUAUCAUCCGACUUUUAUGCCUCAAGAGGCGUGCGAUAGCCUCGUCUCGCUCAUCCACAGGAAGCCUCUCGACUGUGAUACUGGACAUUCUGGAUGUGGCAAUUGGUACUUGAGAGAAGUCAAGGUCGAGGGCAGUGGUAGCUGCACUAGUGAGGAUUUGGAAGUGAAGAAAGAAGAGGAUAAGGGCCCGCCGAUUCCCCUGGUUCCCCCGGCUUCCCUCCCCGCGGGACUGCUUGGCAGUGCAGGCGGACAUGCAGUCAGAAACGUCUCAACUCCUGGCACAUCGCCGAAGAGUAGCGUAUCACCACUUUAUCCCAUUCAUGAAGUCACAAGCCAACUCUCGGUAAAACCGACAAGCAGAAAUAAAAGUCAGUCACGAGAACUGGGCAUGAUUCUUUCCCUCUGGCACACGGGUCCCCACCCAUGUCGAAUGAUCAGGGGCGGGGAGAGGCUACGCGCAGCCUCUAUGGAUGCUGUCGAAUAUUUCCGGACCAUAUAGCAAGGUAUUGAACAGUGCGUGCUGACUCCCGUUAGUGCUGUGUCCAUGGUUUUACGAUGGCCUCUCGGAUCUU